UUUGUCUUGGGUUACUUGUGUUGCCUCUGGAAAAAAAUAUGCAGCCUAACAGCAACAACAACAACAACAAUACCUCCAGCAUUGGGAGUGUCAAAAUAAUCAUUCUCUCAGUUGAAGCCGAGUCACCGGGAGGCAGUGAAAUUGAGGAUGGCUGGUGAAGCGCAACUUGAAAUGCAUUCAAUUCACACAUCUGAGAAGAAUACAGUCAGUGAAGAAGACAAAGUACUCCUCUUACACGCUGAUGAUGCACUCAACUAUCUCAAGCUGAGCCGGAAGCGAUCCAUGAUUGUUCUCAAAGAGAUCGCAAGUCAAUUGGAGGAGCUCUUCAAGAAAGAUAAAGCAGUGGAGCUCAGUGGAUGUGUCACCGGAUUAACAGGUGGCGCCUUGGGGAUUGCCGGGGGAGCAGUGUCCAUAGCGACAGCGGGUGGAGCCAUUCCGUUCCUGGUCGCAGGCUUAUUAACGGCUGGCACUGUGUCAGCCGUUGCUGGGGGUGCUGCCAAGAUUGGUAACAAGAUUACCACGCAACAAAAAGAAGCUGAACUCUUUCAAAAGCUCGAGAGAAUUUUGAAGGAAGACAUCUUGUCACAUGACUUCUUGAGGAACGCCCUUGAGGCUAUCAAAGGAGCCAAAAGCCUGGACACAGCCUCCAUGAGUGUCCAAUUUAGUGACCCUGAGAAGACGGACCAAUCCAAAGGGAUUUGCAGAGUUCAAGGGGCAUUGCAAUUGGCAGAGCGGAUACUAAAUCACUUCAUUCCUUUGAAAGAUAUGCUCAUCUCAGAUGGUGCCAUCAAAACUUUCAUCGAAACCAUCGUGGUUGUCGCGUCAGACUCGAUAAUCAAGGCCACCACAGCUGCCACAGACAGUAUUGCCAUGGCAGCCGCAAAUGCGGCGGAAACUGGUGCAAUCACAGCAUUGAAGGCCUCUUCUGAAAUGGGCGCUAAAACUGGAAUACGGGCAGGUUUGGAGACUGCAUUCAAGACUGCUCAGGAGACCAUAGAAUCAGCCACGAAAAAGGGAGCCACCAUCUUAGUCAAGGCUACCCCCGAUGUAGUGGCCUUUGAGUCGAAAGAGCUCUCGCAACAAGUAGCUUACAAGGCGUUCGCCAAAGUAGGAGACGAAACGGCGGUCGAAUCUUCCAAGAUAUUGGCUCAGACGACGGCUAAGGAAGUGGCCAAAACAGCUGCAGUCGUUACAGGAGGAGUGACCAUAUUCUUCGGGAUUGUCUCAGUGGGUCUCGAAACCUUUCAAAUUAUUCGACAGUGCCAGAAAUCGAAGAGCACAAUUGGAUCAGAGUUGCGAAUGUUGGCUGCUUGCAUGGAGGCCGAAUUAGCUUAAAUGGUCUUCGCCUUGACUGAUAUCCUACUUUUUUAGCUUGGUUGGAUGAUAAAAAGCAGGUCCAUUGCUUGCCAAAGAUUGAAAAAUAUCAAUCAAGUUGCAGUAUCAAAAAAAUAUCUUUUUGCAUUGGUUAGUAAUGGUAGUUGGUCUGAAUCAAUGGUAAGGUCUUUCUCAAGACCAUUUGGAAAGAGUUCUCUUGUACCAAAAAUUACUCCAAUGAGUGCAAGAAUAAGCUGAUAAGUUAGACAUUCUUGCUUAAAAAAAGCACCCUAGUGAGUCGGAUUCUUUGAGCACCACAAACAAGUUGUUAUUAUUCGGUUGACAGUUACAUACAAAAACUUGUCUUUUUCUA